AUGACUCACGAGAGCGUUUGGUACAGCCGCCCCCGCAAGUACGGCAAGGGCUCCCGCGAAUGCCGUGUCUGCUCCCACCGCGCCGGUCUCAUCCGCAAGUACGGUAUGAACAUCUGCCGUCAGUGCUUCCGUGAGAAGUCCACGGACAUCGGUUUCAACAAGUACCGCUAA